AUGGAGGCCGUUCAACCCACCUCAAACUUGACAUCGACAAUCGAGGAACUGCCUAUGGGCAAAGCCCUUGUCAGUGACAGUCUCAGUUACUACGUCGUGAUAUCGGUCGCUUUACUACUGGCGUUCUUCCUGAAGCCAAGCAAAGACAGCCAUGCCUCAGUCCCGUUCUACAAGGCGUCGAGGAUGAAGUGGAUGUUCAAUGCCGACUCGUUGGUCCGCGACAGCUACAACAAGUUCCGGGACCAAGUGUACCAAAUCAAGGCCACAGAGGGUGUUCGGACUUUGGUGCCGUCCAAGCUCGUGGGCGAACUGAAGAGCCUCCCUGAGGAAGUCUUGAGCGCAUCCCAGGCUAUCAACGAGGCGAUGUUGGUCGAAUACACGAGGUUUACGUUUGGCCUGCACCACGACGCGGUUACGUUGCUCAUGAAAACCAAGUUAACACAGCAACUUAGCCGAUUGGUACCUCGGAUGAAGGAAGAGCUGGAGUUUCUCGUCAGGGAAGAAUUCCCGGAUUGUGAGGAGUGGACCCCCGUCAAAAUACAACCCUUCCUGAUCCGCGCCAUCUCGAGACUGAGCGGAAGCGUCUUCGUUGGCGCUGACCUGGGCCGAAGCGAGCAGUGGAUGGAUACGAGUGUCAACUUCGCAAUUCAUGUUUUCAUGGCAGUGAUCAAGCUGCAGUUCUUUCCGACAUGGCUGAGACCGGUUGCGCAGUAUAUCGUAACCGAUCUGGGGCAAAUCAACCGAGAUAUUUCAAAAGCGCAGGAGAUGCUGAAGCCCAUCAUCGACCAGAGGUUGCAGGACGCGGAGUUGGACCCUAGUGGCGAGAGACCUGACGACUUUAUGCAGUGGUUAUUGGACGCCCUUCCGGAAAAGCAGAAAAGAGAUUACCAACUGCAGGCAAAGCUGCAUCUAAUUUUAUGUGCUGCGGCGAUACACACCACAAGUAAUCUGGCGACGGAUUGUAUAUACGACCUGGCCACCCAUCAAGAGGAGCAAGAUAUCAUACGCGAGGAGGCAAAGGAGAUACUGGAAGAUGAGCAAGGUUGGGCCAAGAAGGAGGGCAUGGGCAAGCUCAAGAAGAUGGACAGCUUCAUCAAGGAAUCCCAGCGCCUUGCUGGAAACGUCACAUCUUUCAUUCGCAAAGUCGUCAAGCCGAUCAACCUCUCAGACGGCACGUACCUCCCGGCUGGCACUAACCUCUUGGCUCCCCAGUGUGGAAUCAGUCACGAUGAGCGCUACUUUCCGGAUCCCGAAGUGUUCGACGGGUUGCGGUUUUGGAAAAUGCGACAGGAGUCGGCGGAGGGGGGGAAUCGGUGGCAAUUGACCAGCAUCGGCGACUGGAAUAUCAACUUCGGCCUUGGUAAACACGCCUGUCCGGGACGCUUCUUCGCCGCCAAUGAGAUCAAGCUGGUGCUGGCUCACUUCCUCCUGAACUACGACAUCAAGCUCAAGGACGGCGAGCAAAGGCCCGAGCCGAUGAUGUUCAUGAUGAGCAAGACCGCCAAUCCUAACGCCGAGAUUUUGUUUAAACGGCGAUCUAUCGUAUGA